CGCCUGGGCCGCAGGGAGCGGACGCCGAGUCUCCACGCGGGGCAAGAGGAGAAGAAGCAGAAGCGGCGGCGGCAGGAAGGAAGGCAGCGCCCCGCUCCGAAGACCUCAAAGCCUGCCGGUCCGCAAAUAAGAAACAUUUCCAAGAUGACGCGGGAUCGUUGCCACUUCCCAGCCUUCGCGAUGGCCAUGGCUGCAGCAUGCUGACCCACAGCGGCGGAGUGGAAGCGGGCGCCAGGCUCCUUUCCCCAGCGGUUUGCAAGCGUCUCUCCAUGGGGAGUGCACUGACUCUCUCUGUCUACUUGACCACCGCUGGCUGUCUUGGAAGCCCUCGAUUGGCUGGCGAGCCUGAGGGGCAGCGGGGCCUGCCCUCCAAUCAGAGACAAGGGCGGGAUCCGGAAUCUUGAAGCGCACGCUGGCCAGGGGCGAUGCAGUCGGACGAUCUCUUCGUUCGCAAGAUGCGACGCCACUCGAACCGUCCACCGCUCACCUCCUUCUCGUUCGACAAUUUCCGGACCCCCAAGCCCCAGGCGUGCGAGGGCCCGCUCGUGGGCCACUGUGGCCCGCCACUGAGGUCACCACAGUGCAGCAGCCUCAUGCAUCGCAGCAACAGUGACGUGACCCUGAGCGAAGGGGAGCUGACAACCACUGCAGGUGCUCCCAGCUCCCCGUUACCGCUGGCCGCAGCAUCCGGGACGGGAUUCCAGCGAAAUAGCAGCAGCCCCAGCAUGCCCUCAAAGAGCAUGGCGCCCCCUCGAGCCCGGGCACACAGCCACGAAGAGUCGCGGGUGGGCAGUCCCACCGCGCGUCGUUUCCGUGAUCCCCUGGUCCUGCUGGGACUGGCAUCCUCGGAUGUCUGGGAAUCGGACGGGAGUGGCACCCCGUCAGCGGAGACCAGCGUAUCGCUUCCCGCAUCGGAGGUGGCCACGCCGGUGUGGGGCCGCCACUUGGCCCAUUAUGACGUUCAGAGUAUCCUCUUUGAGCCGGGCGAGGGGGCCCGGGAAGCUGCGAGGCAGGGCAACGUCACCACGGGUGCCUCGGCGGCUUCACAGUGCCGUACGGCGGACGUGACCCCGAUUCUGGAGGACGGGGCAGGAGAGGAGGAAGGAGGCACGCUGGUGCUCAGGUGUUCCGCCUUUCGGGUGGAAGCCGGAGGGGAGGUCGAACGGGGACUAGGCCAACACCGGGGGUUGCCGGCGGGCUUCCACUGCCCAAACAUGGCCGUUUCGGUGCUGGAGGAACCCCGCGAAAGUUACGGACAGAGGAGUAGCCGAGUGAUGCACACCAUCGAAUAUGCCGAUCUCGGAGCCUGUUACUACCGGAAGCAUUUUUACGGCAAAGAACAUCAAAAUUUCUUCGGGGUGGACGAUCAGCUGGGCGCUGUGGCCAUCUCCCUCCGCCGCGAAGAGAAGGAAGGAAGCACCGGUCCUCAGUACAACUACCGCUUGAUCCUUCGCACAAGCCAGCUCCGGACCCUCCGUGGAUCCAUUUUGGAAGAUGCCCUGCCUCUCACCGCUCGCCAUGCCUCUCCCCGGGGCGUCCCUCCCAAGAAGCUUCUGGAGCACAUCGUGCCGGAGCUCACCCUGUCGUGUUUGCGUCUCGCUUCCAACUCCCCGAAAGUCCCCGAGACGUUGCUGAAGUUGGACGAGCAAGGGCUUAGUUUCCAGCGCAAAGUCGGGAUCCUGUACUGCCGGGAAAAGCAGGGUUCGGAGGAGGACAUGUACAACAACGAGAAGGCUGGGCCCACCUUUGAAGAGUUCCUGAACCUCUUGGGGGAUCGAGUCCGCCUACUCGGCUUCGACAAAUACCGUGCGCAGCUGGACAUCAAGAACGACUCCACCGGGACCCACUCCCUGUAUACCACGUAUCAGGACUACGAGAUUAUGUUCCACGUCUCGACCAUGUUGCCCUACACGCCAAACAACCGCCAGCAGCUGUUAAGGAAACGACACAUUGGCAAUGACAUUGUCACCAUCAUCUUCCAAGAACCGGGAGCUCUCCCCUUCACCCCGCGCUUGGUUCGUUCCCAGUUCCAGCACGUUUUCAUCGUGGUCAGAGUGCACCAUUCCUCCUCGGAUCAUACCACCUACAGGUGA